AUGAGAUCGCACCAAGUCAACGAUCACUUUUCAACCAGGCGUAACUCAGCGCGUGCCCGCGGUACACGCCGCACAGGUGAUCAUACUGAUAGUGACCGGUCAGAUGUGGUGAUGAUACUGACCAAAAGCUCGAGGCGGCCGCGUGGCGGUCGAGGGGAGAAGGGGCCAGUUCCACACAGCACUUCACUCACACAGCAGCACUUCGGAGCCGCUCGCGCGUGCACGCGUCGCGCAACAUGGCCGUGCCCGUGCAGCUGUCAGCGUGCAGCUAUCGACCGCGAGCCGGCCGCGCGCCGCCCAGCGACUGACGCGAGAGCCUUGCGCGCGCACCGGCCUCCACACCCGCCCGCGCCCCUCGCCCACCCUCGCCCCGGGGACACCACCGCUCUUAUACGGGAGCCCCACGCCUCCGAGCCCUGCAACUUUUAA